AUGAAUAAAGUGUCGCCAUAUCCAUAUAUCAUGCGUCGGAAGUUGUCUGACCCAGCUGUCAAAAAGAGGUGUUAUGUGAUUGGUCCAGAAGUUGUUGAAAGAUCCCAGAUGUUGUCAGAAGUUGAUGUGCUGUGUGAGGUGGUCAAGAGUUAUGUGAAGUUGACGGAAGUUGCCAGAAGUUGUUGGACAUCAUCAAAAGAUACGCUCCGCGAAGAGUUUGCUGGGGAUGUCCCAUUUAGGUUUAGUAAAGUAGCAGUAGUUCGGAUUGGCCGCGCCGGCCUCAAAGCCAAUAGGGCAUCCACAGUCCUGCUGGAACUCCAGGGUGGCGCUGAUGUAGCCAGGGCCAACAGCAUUCCUUGCAAUACAGUGCUUGAUCUAUUCUAUAGGAGCUUCCUUGGGUAUAUCUGUAUUGACAUGUCGACCCAUCUUGUGGCUCCGCUUCGGGAUUAUUCGCCAGGCCUUGUAGGCGUAGAAGUGACGGGCCUUAUCAUCGAAAGUAAUGCGAAUUGGGAUGGAUCGAUAUUGCAUACCAGUGGUGAAGCCGUUAGAGGGGGAUAUCAAGACGAGGAUGCUUGGGAGGCCAUGGUUAUUACACAGCGCCUUGUCGUGGCGAAGAAACGCUAUCACCGUUACCCAAUAUCCACCGUCAAGAAUAUCUGCUUCUGCAACAAAUAG